AUGAGCUCCCUCCCUAUAUUGGAGGAAGAAGUCUCGAUGGAAUCCUUGCAAGAGGAUUUGGACUCUAUCGAAGAUGAGGAAGAUGAAGAAGAAGAAGAAGAAGAGGAAGAAGCAGAGGACGAAGGAGAAACCGUUUCUUUUUGGCUUACAAUCGAAGGCAAUCGAACUGGCGACGAUGCGACUUCUGAAAACAAUCUGGAGUGUAUUAUGAUCGAAGAACGUGCUCCAAAAACUGUGAACAAUAUUAGCCAUCCUUUGAUCAUUCUGAAGCGCAAUGUUCGUGGCGUCAAAACUCUUCGCGAUAUGGUCGGCACAAUGAAUGUUUCAUUGACUCGAGCACUGAUUCGCGACAUGCUCAGUGUUUUGGAUUUUAUGAAAUAUAUCGGAAUUCACCAGAAUAUCUCUCUUGAUACCAUCCUCUACAUCAAUAACCGUUUUAUGCUAACUGGAUUUGACUUUUUCACGUUCAAACACAGGCUCGAGGAAGACAUUCACUGGAAUAGUAUUAUAUAUCAACCAUAUGCAUUCGAUUCGACUAAUCCGUAUGACUCGACGAUCGACUUGUUCGCAUUCGGAAUUGUGCUUCUUCAAUGCUUUCAAAACAAAAUUAUAAACAUUGAUAACGAAAAAGAAGCAAAUCGUGUAUUGAUCAAAUGUCUCAGUAAUCUUGAUAGCAGACAUGCUCAUUUGGUUGGGCUCUUUUUGAGAUCACGUGAUUUGUUCAAUCAUUGCGCUAUGCCAGCAGAACGAAUCUCUCUUCGCAAAUUGGCCGGACAUCCAGUGAUGACAAACGAAAUUAACUCGUAUUGCUACAAAUCAUGCUAUUUCCUUCACUCUUACUUGGCCAAUCCAAUGGAAGAAUUGAUGUAUUACCUACCAGAUGACACUGUCGGAGAACUGAUAAAGCGCACAAAAGAGUUCUAUUCGUCAAAUAAUGAAAAAAGGUAUGUUUAUGUCAAUUGUGCAGAUUUCUCAGAGAAGAGGAAGGUUCAUUUCAUCGACGAUAAUGAACAAUUAAAAAAUAUCGAUUUAAAUUAUUCGGGGCAAUUCGCUAUGAUCCCAAUUGAAGUUCGCCAUGAUCCAUCAAGUAAAUACAAACAUCUCCUGAUUGUGUUUAUAAGAACUGAAUUCUCAUCAAUGCCAAUUCUCAUUGAAACUUCUCUUCCAAAGAAGAAUAUGAGUGGACGCAUUACUGGACCAUUGGUCCAAUAUCUCCAAGAAUUGUGCUCACGCAUUAUCUGUUAUUAUUUCAUCUCAACUGUGACUAUUCAAUUCAUGUCUGUUGCGGAUGAAACUUUUCGUAUUCCAUCUGGGUACAGCCGAGAAAACACCAUCGUGAUUCAUGCUGCAUUCAAGCCAAGAUCAAUCGUCAAACAGAGACAACGUUUCGAGAUCAACACAUUCCUUCGCAUUCCGCGUCUUACCAGCGAUUUUGAAGCCGCAUUUAAGAAAGAUGAUAUGAUCAGCUUUGCUCCACCACCGUGCGCAACAGAUGUAUUCAAAAAUUUAAAGUAA